GCGAGAAUAAAUGGCGACCAGACCUUACUUUGUUGCAAAAAAUUAUAAAUUUGACCCUUUAUUUUACCCCAUUUUGGCGUGUUUUGUAUGCAUACAAGCCAACCCAUUGCUAGGCCAGGAGUCAGAGAGUCAUCCCAGCUGGGAUUCUGUGCCAAUUUGAGGCUUCAUCCAUCCGAAAGAAUGAAAUAAUGAAUCUGGACUCCCAUUCGUUGGCCUUGUCUCAAGUCACGAACCUUGUGAGCAAUUUGACGAAGAAAAACUACAAGCAGAGUGUCUCGGAACUUUCCCGUCUUGUCAGCCAGCAGGGGCCCGAAGGGGACAGGCAUCUGCUGCGCUGCCUCUUCUCAUACGUCGACUUCAGCGGUGAUGGUAAAAACGCCACCAAGGAAUUCCACCAGCUGCACGUUCAGUUACUCACUCAGGAGUGCACCGCACUCUUUGCCAAGCCCAACUUUGUUUGUACCCUGUGCCACGCCCUCGACAACCCCCUCCAUCAGCAGAAGAGCCUCAAGCCUUCAGCACAGCUAUUUUCCCAGAUCAGCAAGGUCUUGAAGCUAAGCCGUGUCCAGGAAGUUGUCCUAGGCCUGGCCCUUACCCACUCCUCCAAGGCGGACACACGAACUCAUGCUUUGCAGUUUGUCAAGCAGAAACUGCCAGACUUACUGCGGUCGUACAUAGAUAGUGACAUACGCAGCCCACAGGAGGGCGGUCUCGCGGACGUCUCUGCCGAGGUCUUGCACCUGCUGCUGACCCACCUGCUCCACAGCUCUAAGGACCAGUUGGGCAUUGCCCCACCCCAACGAGAAGCAUUCCUCAAGACAAUCACAAAGGACUUUCCUCCGGACCAGGUUCCUGUGGUCCUUGUGCCCCUUCUGUACAGUGACACGCAGGAUAUCAGGAUGGAUAGGAUCGUUAACGACAAUACCAACCUGCCUAAAGGAGUGAUGGACAUCUCCCUGGCCGACAUGAUGCAGGAGAUCGGCUACAGCUGCUGCGCCACCAUGGACGAGUGCCGCAAGACCCUGGUCCAGUAUGGUGUUGGCAGCCUGACUGCCUCAGCAGUGGCCCGCGUCAUCGGCAUGAUGGCCAAGUCGCACACGGGCCUGACAGAAAACAUGCCCCUACAGGCCAUCACAGGCAACAGCGUCUGGAGCGAAGGCAAGGACAAGGCAGAGCCUGGCGUCCAGCCCCUAGUCCCCACCACCUGGAACGUGGAUGUCUUUGUAGAGGUGGUCAAGGACCUGGCCCCACACCUGAACUUCCGGGAGGUGCUCUUCGAGCUGGACCACCCGGGCUUCGUUCUGAAGGACGCCCAGGGCCUGCGCCUGGUCAAGAAUGCGCUCCUCCGAGGACUGCAGGGACUGAAGGAGGCGUCCCCCAUCGACGCGCUGUACAGGGUGUGGAAGAACACGGAUGGACAGCUGUCUUGGAUUCAACUGGCCUUGGCCAAUCCGGACGUCUUCUGCUUUGCCGACUAUCCUUGCCACCAAGUGGUCAUCGACAUCCUGAAAGCGCAGCCGGAAGAAGACAACAGAGAGGUGGCAACAUGGAAGUCGCUGGAUCUCGUCGAGACCCUACUGAAGCUGGCCGAGGCUGGCAAGUACGAUCAGGUCAAGAAUCUCUUCAACUUUCCCAUCAAACAUUGUCCCGACAUGCUGCUCCUUGGACUCCUACAAGUUCAGCCAAUGUGGACAACACUGCGACAUGAGCUCAUCUCCACCUUAAUGCCCAUCUUCCUUGGUAAUCAUCCCAACUCUGGCAUCGUGCUGCACUACGCAUGGCAUGGACAGGGUCAGUCGGUGACCAUCCGUCAGAUUGUGAUGCACUCCAUGGCGGAGUGGUACAUGCGAGGGGAGAACGACCAGACUCGUCUCUCCCGCAUCCUGGACGUGGCCCAGGACCUCAAGGCUCUGUCUCUGCUCCUCAACGCCACACCCUUUGCCUUUGUCAUUGACCUGGCCUGCCUGGCGUCCAGGCGGGAGUACCUGAAGCUUGACAAGUGGAUGACGGACAAGAUCAGGGAGCACGGGGAGCCCUUCGUCCAGACCUGCGUGACAUUCCUGAAGCGCCGCGCCCCCCAGGUGAUAGGCGGCCUGGCCCCAGAGCCCAAGGAACUACCAGGGGGAGGCAAGACGGGCGUCCUGCCUCCAGAGACCAUAGGCACCAUGCUGGCCUGUCUGCAAGCCUGCGCAAGUUCGGUUGCCCCUGAGCUAGCCGAUACCAUCAUGACCAUGGUAGCCAACUGCUCCAAUCUCCUCAAGUCCAGGCCACCGCCGGGCGUCAUCAAGUCCCAGGUUGGCAUCUCGUCACUCUCCCCUGGCAUAGGACCUCAGAUGGAGGCAAUGGGUGGCAUGUCUGGACUUGGCAACACGACACCGACCACUCCUGGAAUCCACAACUUCCCAAACAAUCCUCUCAGCUCCGCCUUCGGUAACAUCCAGUCAGCGGCUGCUGCAGCUGGCUCUCAGAAGCCGUUCCCUCCCUUGACUGGGGGGACAAUGGGCGGCAGCUCACUGGGUGGAAGUGCCCUUGGUAGCGGGAGUCUAGGGUCCAGCAGUCUGGGUGGAGGGUUGGGGUCAGGGGGUCUGGGCUCCUCGGGAUUCGGAGGGGGCUUAAGUGCCAAUGGGCUGGGCGCGGGCUCCGGGAGCAGCCUUGGGGGCAGUCUUGGGAGCGGGUUCGGCAGCAACUCCACCGGAGGGUUUGGCAGUGGUUCCAGCCUGGGCGGCAGCUUUGGGGGAAGCUCGGCCGGUGGCUUCGGAUCCAGCUCGGGCUCGGGUCUUGGUGGAGGGUUUGGGAGCUCCUUGGGGAGCGGGCUUGGCGGGGGACUCGGUGGGGGGUUGGGCUCUGGUGGGCUUGGAGGAGGCCUGGGUGGGAGCCUAGGGAGCGGGUUUGGGAGCGGCCUGAGUGGCGGCUUAAGCAGUGGACUAGGGGGAACGUUAGGAGGUGGGCUGGGUAGUGGUCUCAGUGGUGGACUAGGAGGUGGUCUUGGAGGUUUGAGUGGAGGCACCAACAUCCAAUCAAACCCACAUGAACUUCGAGGAAACAGUACCCUUCCAUCUGUAGCAGGGGACCCCUUCGGCAGGCAAGCAGGUAGCAGUACGCCCGGAUCAGGGUUUGGGAACCAGACCCAACCUGCCAUCAACCAGCCAGCCAAGUCCAACACUGGUGCCAUCAAACCAGGUGACAUCUCCAACAUCUGGCCUGAGCUGAGCCAGACCUUUGCACAGGAAAUCGACGACGAGGCCAACGGCUACUUCCAGCAGAUCUACAACCAGCCGCCCAAUCCCGUCAUGUCGGUGGACGAGGUCCUGCAGAUGCUGAAACGAUUCAAGGACUCACAAGUCAAGAAGGAGAGGGAGGUCUUCAUGUGCAUGCUGCGUAACCUUUUUGAGGAGUACAAGUUCUUCCCCCAGUAUCCAGAGAGAGAGCUUCUCAUCACGGCUUGUCUCUUUGGCGGCAUCAUUGAGCAGGGACUAGUGACGUACAUGGCCCUAGGUAUCGCCCUUCGCUACGUCCUAGAGGCUCUACGUAAGCCCCACGGCAGCAAGAUGUACUACUUCGGCAUUGCAGCGCUGGAUAAAUUCAAGACGCGCCUGAAGGACUAUCCCCAGUACUGCCAGCAUCUCUCCGCAAUUCCUCACUUUGGGGAAUUCCCGCAACACCUGACGGAGUAUGUCCAGUUUGGUGUGAUGUCUAGAGAUCCACCUCAGCGCGUCCCUACACCCUCCAGCACGGCGGCCACGACAGCAUCAACGGCCGCCACGGUUGUCGCCACCACGCUGUCCACCUCAAACGCCACCAGCACGGCCCCCACCACAACCACCGCCGCGGUCACCAAGCCUGCUACCAAGGCCGGCACAACAGCGCCAUCCAUUGCCAACACAACCAACAUCGACACCCUCUUGGUGGCUACACCCAAGGACGAGGUUAUUAAUGAGCCUCCAGAGAGUGUGCAGGACAAAGUCGCUUUUAUCUUCAACAAUCUCUCCCAGUCCAACCAACCACAGAAGUGUGAGGAGUUGAAGGAACUGAUCACGGAGGACUACCUCGAGUGGCUGUCCCAGUACAUGGUCAUGAAGCGGGCCAGCAUCGAAAUGAACUUCCACCCCCUCUACUCCAACUUUGUGGACCAGCUCAAGAAGGGAAACUUGAAUGACCUCUUGAUCAAGGAGACACUGAGGAACAUCGAGGUCUUGCUCAGCUCGGACAAGAGUGAUGCCAACUUCUCCGACCGUACCCUCCUGAAGAAUUUGGGCCACUGGCUGGGGAUGCUGACGCUGGCCAAGAACAAGCCCAUCUUACAAAUCGACCUAGACCUGAAGUCCCUGAUCCUGGAGGCCUACCACCUGGGCCAGCAAGAGCUGCUCUACGUGGUGCCGUUCGUGGCAAAGGUCAUGGAAUCCUGCCACAAGAGCCGGGUCUUCAAGCCACCCAACCCCUGGACCAUGGCCAUCAUGGGCGUGCUGGUGGAGCUCCACCAGGAGCCCAACCUCAAGCUCAAUCUCAAGUUUGAGGUGGAGGUGCUGUGCAAGAACAUGGGCCUGGAUAUUGCUGAUGUCAAGCCGAGCAACUAUCUCAGGGAUUAUGCCAACCUGGCGCAUCUCAAGGAGAAGCUCUCAGGUUCCAAGAAGGGGAUUGAGGAGCCAAAGGCUGUCCCUGUAGCCCAGCAGGCCAGUGUGCCCCCCAACACCAGCACGCCGGUGCCCACCAGCACCGGUUCCAUGGCCUCCCUGGUGACGGACACCAUGCCCACUCCGGCCAUGUCCACCGUGACCACGCCAACAGUGGUCCCGACCUCGGGUGCGCCCGCUACACCCCAGACGGCCACUCCCGUGCCCCAGUUCAGCUUCCACGAUCUGAACACAACAUCACUGUCUGGGGUGGCUCCUCACAUUGCCAUCAAUGCGCAGAUACCCCUGUUUCAGCAGCAUCCGCAGCUCCGCAGCUGUGUGCGGCCCAUCCUGGAGAGAGCAGUCCAGGAACUAGUCCACCCCGUGGUGGACCGCUCCAUCAAGAUUGCCCUGACGACUUGCGAACAGAUUGUCAGAAAGGACUUUGCCUUGGAUCCCGAAGAGAACCGCAUGCGCAUCGCCGCCCACCACAUGGUGCGUAACCUGACGGCUGGCAUGGCGAUGAUCACGUGUCGUGAGCCUCUCCUGACCAGCAUCAGCAACAACUUCAAGACGGCCUGUAUCACUGCUCUGAAGGGAGGCACCGCUCAGACCAAGGAGUUGAUUGAGCAGGCUGCCACCGUGGUGGCCCAGGAGAACGUAGAGCUGACCUGCUGCUUCAUUCAGAAGUGUGCCGUGGAGAAAGCCAUCCCAGAAAUGGAUAGACGUCUGGCAACGGAGAUUGAGCUGCGCAAGCAUGCUCGCAACGAGAAUCGGCGCUACUGCGAUCCGGUCGUGUUGACAUACCAGGCUGAGAGAAUGCCAGAACAGAUCCGUCUCAAGGUCGGUGGUGUGCCGGCUGGCCAAAUCGCCGUCUACGAAGAAUUUGCCCGCAGCAUUCCUGGAUUCCAGCCAACACCCGAGGCUAAUCAGCCACCUGGAUUCCUGGUUAAACCAGUACAGCAAUCCUACGCCACGGACGAGAUCACCCAGAUCUACGACAAGUGCGUCUCGGAGAUCGAGCAGCACCUGCACGCCCUGAUCCAGUCCUCCUCGGCCCAGAGCCAGCAUGUGCAGGUGCUUCAUACCCUGCUGGAGGCGGUGGUCCUGGCCAGGAACUCGCGGGAGAUCGUCACAGCCCUGGCUCUCCUGCAGAAGGCUGUGGAAGGCCUUCUGGAGGGCUACACCCCACAGACAAUGGAGCCGGAGCUGGCCCUGCGAUACCGUGACUGUCACAUACUGGUGCUGAAAUCACUUCAAGACCAACGGGCCUAUGGCCCUCAGUGGACCAAUAAGCAGGUUACUAGAGUCGUGUGCGAAACGCGUAGUGACCAUAAGUACAACCUAGACGCCGUGGAGCAGCUCUUCCGAGCCCACCUCAUGAAUAUGCAGACCUUUGACAUGCAACUGGCCCAGUCAAUGGAGAAUGGCCUCAACUACACGGCAGUGGCCUUUGCCAUGAAUGUCGUCCGCCGCUACCUGAUUGAAGAGAAACAGAGCAACAUCUUGAAUGAGGCUGACCUGUUCAACACCUUGCACAUCCUGGCACGCAUCGCUAACCAGACGCCUAACCCACCUGAAGGUCUGCAACACCUGAUUGAGGUGGUCCGCCAGAACCACGACCCCGCCUUCUUGGACAAAGCCCCCGGGGGACCCACCUCUAUGAUGCACUCGGGCAUCUCCCAGGCCAGGGAGUUUGACGACCCGCCAGGCCUGAGGGAGAAGACAGAAUACCUCCUGAGGGAGUGGGUCAACAUGUACCACUCGCCGGCCAGCGGCAAGGACAGCACCAAGGCCUUCUCGGCUUUUGUCAACCAGAUGCACCAACAGGGCAUCCUCAAGACAGACGACCUGAUCACCCGCUUCUUCCGCAUCUGCACGGAGCUGUGCGUGGACCUGUGCUACCGGGCUUUGGCUGAGCAGGCAUUGACCCCAACCCUGACCAGAGCCAAGUGCUUCCACACCCUGGAUGCCUUCGUCCGCCUGAUAGCCCUCCUUGUCAAGCACUCUGGGGAUGCCAGCAAUGCCGUGACCAAGAUCAACCUUCUUAACAAGGUUCUGGGCAUCGUAGCCGGCGUCCUCCUUCAAGACCAUGAGGUGCGUAAUACGGAGUUCCAGCAGCUGCCCUACCAUCGCAUCUUCAACAUGCUCCUCCUGGAACUCAACGCUCCCGAACAGAUCCUGGAGGCCAUCAACUACCAGAUCAUGACAGCCUUCUGCAAUGCCUUACACGUCUUGCGGCCUUCCAAAGCACCAGGCUUUGUCUACUCCUGGCUGGAGCUGAUCUCUCAUCGUAUCUUCAUUGCAAGGAUGCUGGCCAUGCUGCCCCAGCAGAAGCAAGGGUGGCCCAUGUACGCCCAGCUCCUGAUCGACUUGUUCAAGUUCAUGGCACCAUUCCUACGCAGUGCUGAGCUGCCCAAGUACACAGCACUACUUUACAAGGGCUGUUUGAGGGUUCUGCUGGUCCUCCUCCACGACUUCCCCGAGUUCCUCUGCGACUACCACUACGGCUUCUGCGACGUCAUCCCACCCAACUGCAUCCAGAUGCGCAACCUGAUCCUGAGUGCGUUCCCUCGCAACAUGCGGCUGCCCGACCCCUUCACCCCCAACCUGAAGGUGGAGAUGCUGACGGACAUCACCCAGCCGCCCCGCAUCAUGACCAACUUUGCCGCCAUGAUACAGCCGGCUUCCUUCAAGAAGGACCUGGACUCGUACCUCAAGACCCGCAGCCCUGUAACGUUCCUCUCGGAGCUGCGCAGCCACCUGCAGGUGUCGCAGGAGCCUGGCCAGCGCUACAACACGGCGCUGAUGAAUGCCCUGGUGCUGUACGUGGGCUCGCAGGCCAUCGCCUACAUCCAUAGCAAGAACAGUACCCCCUCCAUGAGCACCAUCCCCCACUCCUCCCACAUGGACAUCUUCCAGAACCUGGUGGUGGACUUAGACACGGAAGGGCGGUACCUUUUCCUGAAUGCAAUAGCCAACCAGCUGAGAUAUCCCAACAGCCACACCCACUACUUCAGUUGUACCCUCCUGUAUCUCUUUGCCGAGGCCAACACAGAGGCUAUGCAAGAGCAGAUCACCAGGGUGCUACUGGAGCGAUUGAUAGUGAAUCGACCACACCCUUGGGGCCUUCUCAUCACCUUCAUCGAUCUCAUCAGGAAUCCCAGCUUCAAGUUCUGGAAUCAUGAGUUUGUCCACUGCGCACCGGAGAUCGAGAAAUUGUUUGAGUCAGUCGCCAGGAGUUGCAUGCAGCAGAAAAGCCAGGCCCCCGUCAUGAAUCGAGAGCAGGUGGAGGCCCACGAGUAGUCAUCGCCCGCUCUCCCUCUCCGUCAACCUCCUGGGUCAGGACCACCCCGUCUUACACCAGGACAGAAGAACAGUGAUGUGAAAUAUCUAUGCAGCCAUGUGUUCAGCCGCUGUGCAGCUGGGCACGUAGGCUGUAUAUGAAUUAUGUACAGAUGUAUUUAAUUAGAGGUCUUUGCAAUGUGUUGAAGCAGCUAACGGUGAUGUGACUGAUGGCUCCACGCCCAGAAGAUCGAAUUUGGAUUACAAAUUGUUUAUGGAUAUUAGGGACCAUCCGCUAUUCUAAGAUUGGUUUCUGAAAAGUUGAAGGAGAACACAAUUUUUGAUGUAGGCAUCCAUAUCGGUUCCAGGCUUGUGUUCAAAGUAGUCAGGCACCAAUUGUGUGACGUCACAUUGCUAUUAAAGCCAAUAUGGGGGAACUAGACACCUCGGUUCAAAUGUUUCGAGGGGACGUCAAGAGAUGGGCCCAAUUCGUCUCUUGUCAAACAAGGGGCUGUUAGGAAAAAUAGUUUCCAACAAACAACUUGCCGAUCCUCUGGAAGGGGAGACUGAAUCUCUUGGCAUAUCACUGACAUUAUAAUUGUUACUCUCUUAGAAUUACACUCUAAAUCAAAAAAAGGGUCGUAUAUCAGAGAAAGUCCUUUUUGUACGACCAGUUUCUGGAGUAUCCAUAACAGCAAAGUUUGAAUUUCUCUUAUUGUUACUGAUCCUCGUUUUUGGUUGAAGUGGUAUUGCAUCGGAACAAAGAGUGAUUAUAUGCACAAUGAACUACAAGAAAAGCACCCAAUUGUUGCCUUACUGAACAGAUAUAACUAGUGAAUAACUACAGCGUUCCAUCAGAAGGGCUCAUUCAAUGAAGAACUUUUUUCAAAACUCAGCUUUUUGCCAUUAUCUUUUUCCCUUCCAGCUCACUUAGAACUCCAAGGAAGGGAAGCCUGCAGUUUCCUAAAAGCCACAAGGGUAUUAUAUAGGUCUGUAGGACCUUUUGUUCUUUUUGCGGCUAGGAAGCCCCUUCAACAUUUUUUGGUCGGUUCUAAUUCUCGUACAAUUCAAUAGAAUGAGAGUGGCCACAUCCUUCCCCUUUUAAGGGGGCGAUAUUGCAGGGUGUCUGUAAUGUGAAGUUGGAAACCACGAAGGUAUGGAGGGCUUAAACUUCUAGCUCUUUCAAUUUUGACGUUGGCAUCAGAAUUGCUCUUUUUUCAAGAACUGAUUUUAUGAGUUUUUACUUUGAGUGCCAGAGUAUAAAUCGUCCAUAUUGGACCAGCCGCAUUGCACAGUAAUGCAAGCAGUAUCUGAGCGAUUACCCUCCUGAAUUUCAACAGAACCACUUCUUCCCCCAAGGAGGUUUCCCAAAAUUUAUGUAGUGGCAAGAUUUUCCUUGAUUUCAGUCAGUGCAUUGCAUUGCAACUCUUAUGGAAUGGUUUGGGGUUUUUUUUUCCGGUGACUGUCAGAGUAGAAGCGUCGAAGAGAGAACAUUUUGAAUUUCUUGCACAUGAUUAGUCAUUUUCUUAAAGUUAUACUCCUCAGUCUUGUAGCCUUAACACAAAGCACGUGGAAAGGAACCACUGAAGAUGGAAGAUCUCGUUUCAAAUUUGAACUUCAGAAGAAAUGUGUGUACCCUCAUGUAUCGACGCAAGAAACGUCAGUGGUCAUAAUUUUCUGUUGGGCCUUCAAGAUGGAAGGCUCAGAGUAUUGUGUGCCUUGUUCAUUGCACACCAACAAGGCGGUGUUAAGUAUCAAAGGAUUAUGGGAUACCAGUGUAUCUCCGAAGUCGGUCAUUUUUGGUAUUGAUGAAAAUCAUAAACUUUUGUCUCAAAGAUCGCUAGCCACGUAAUGGCCUAUUGGUGAAUCGGGCCUUUGAUUCCAUUUUGAUAACCAACUUGUUCGUGAGUCCUGUAUAUUUAAGACCUUGAACGUAUAUAAUUGUCUGCUUCAUAUUUGACAAAUAAAAACAGCUUUACUGAUUCA